AAAUCUCAUUUAUGAUAAUUCAACUGUUUUUUUGUUACUCUCUAUAAGUGUUAUAUAUUUUUGAAUUGUUUUUCAUCUGUUUUUUUUUGUUGAUCAUUCAUCUGAGAUGUCACAGGGGAAAGGCAGCGGAGGUACGAGUGGUGGUGGCGGCGGUUUUUGGGAUUGGCUUACGGGUAAUAAACCGAACAGAGGUAGAGGCAGAGCAACUGGUGGUGGCAGAGGUGCUCCGAAUAGACCGCCAGCGCCGGCAAAGAAUGGCAAGAAUGGAGCCAAAGCGGUACAAUCGCCGCCAAAGAAGGCGCAGCCGAAUAGCAAACAGGCGACGCCAGCUAAGUCUACGACUGGGGCUUCGGCUCCGGCAUCAAAGCCAGCUAAGACCAAGUCGACAGACUCUGAUUCAAGUAAACGACAAUCAAUUGAAUUGAAACACUUUAGCUCAAGACUGACACCAGUGAACACUGCGCCCAAAGGCGAAAUCAUUUACGAUGUUUGCGCUUACAUUGUCUACUGUCCAAAACACCAGAAGAUAGCCGUCGCUCAGGAAACUCAAAACAAAUACAUUUGGCUCCCGUAUGUCUACUUACCGGCUGACCGAACCUGGAGUGACGGCGCCCGCGAAGGCGCAGUUGCUGUACUGUCCAAUGGCGACGAAAAUGUGGCCAAAAUAGUGAAAACACCAAACAAAGUGAUCGACCAAUGGAUCUGUAUAAAUAUGUUUCGGCUACAGUUACCGCAGACACAGAUCUUCAAUACCAGAAUUCUCUACUAUAUUAAACUGUCGGACAAAGAGUCUGAUUACAAAUGCUGUUCGAAUAGUGGCCGACUUCGGUGGCUAUCGUUGGAAGAGGCAAAGAACCGAAAGAUGCCGAACCUUUGGGGUCCCGAACUGUGCGACUUUGCCACCCUUGCCGGCAAAAAACCAAAAAAUCUGACGAUUGUUGAAUACAGUCUGGACAAAGCAUUUUCUUAUGUACCACGAGAUCCGCCCAGAAAUCUUGAGGAAGAGAUGCUUAAGUCGACCAACUAUUCAGAGAAAGACAUUGAGCGCCUAUAUCUCGAUUAUAUGGAACAUUGUUUUCCCGCUUUCUAUAUGACACUCGUAUCGUUCAGUGACUAUAUGUCGAAAUACGGUUUCGAAAAGAUGGACAAAAAGUUAGAUCUAUUGUUUCGGGCAUUCAAUUAUCAGAAAAACGGUUUUCUAGACUUUCACGAGUUUCUAUUGGGCCUGACAUCCAUCGAUCCGAUGGCCAAGAAUGGACAGUCGCGUAUCAAAUUCAUAUUCAAAUACUUCGAUCUGGACGGCGACGGCUAUCUGAAUAAGAAGGAGUUUACUUCGAUGGUCACUGAGAUCUAUCCGAAAGAGAGUACUGCAGCCAUCGAUGCGAAAGUCUCGGAGAGCAUGAAAAUCAUCGGACAGAAGCCGAAAGGUGUGUUUUUUGAAGACUUUAAUCGGGCGGUCGGCGCACACAAGUUUCGCGGCACUCAUAACUUGUGUCGAUCUAAUCGGCCAAUUGUUCAGCAGAUAUCCCGAUCGAUGGCCUCGCGAACGUUGCACAGGACGACAACAAAGUUGAGUUUGGAGUCAAUGCUUAAGAUACGCAAAUACAAAGGCAUUUGCAGUUCGUGUCACGAAAAGAAGUACGAAUACGCCAUACAUAGUGUCCAUAUGAUGAUCGGCGGCCAGUGCGCUAAUGGCCGAAAACUGCCCGAAUUAGAACAGAUAUCUUCGUCAGCGGACGGUUCGGAUAAAACAGAAAAAGAAAAAUCAGAUAAAGAAAAAUCAAAUAAAGAAAAAGAGAAAGAAGACAAACACGCGGACAAAUCAGACAAAGACAAGUCAGACGAGGAAAAUCCGGACAAAGAAAAGUCAGAUAAGGAAAAGUCUGAUAAAGAAAAGUCCGAUAAAGAAAAGUCGGAUAAAGAGAGCUCCGAUAAGUCAAAACAAUUGUCCAGAAGUACGAGCACUCCGUCGAUAAUGGGUCUGAGCAGUGAAAAGUUUUCCGAAGAUAUUGUAUGGAAUCCGAAAUCAAUUGCCAAUUAUUUUAUACAAAAGAUUCGGGAGUUUAAUACAAUUAAAGGCACGCAUAGAGACGGAAAGGGAUUACAGCACGAGUCGACACAGAGAGAAGCAUUUGUUAAACUAUUGGAAGAAUUGUGUGCACAGAUCGGCAAAAUUGUGGCCAACGAAGACAGAUGUGCACGGGCCAGUUCGCCGGCAUUCAUCAUCGGCGACAUUCACGGCAAUCUCGAAGACCUGUUGACAAUGGAAAGAGUUUUGUGGAAAAAUUUGCCAUUAGUUACAGCCAACUAUGUGUUUUUGGGCGACUAUGUCGACAGAGGACAGUGGGGUCUCGAGUGUGCCAUUUAUAUAAUGUGUAUGAAAAUGUUGGCACCAAAUAAGAUAGUGAUGUUAAGAGGCAAUCACGAAGUACGGGAACUGCAGCGACACUAUACCUACUAUCGUGAAUGUUGCCGAAAAUAUGGUGACAGUUUGGGCAGCAAAGUGUUUGAAAUGACUAAUCGGGUGUUCGAUAGACUACCGUUUUGUGCCGUAAUCGAUGACGCCAUUUACUGUGCACACGGAGGUAUACCGCACGACAGCCGACUUAUCGACGAAAUCAACAAACAGGGCAACGAUUUGCGUAAUCCGGAAACUGAUUCAUCCGUUUGCUGGCAAAUCCUGUGGUCGGAUCCGUGCAGUCAACAGGUAUACAUCGAAGCGGCCGAACUGCAGAACAUUAAGCCCGAAUCGGCCAAAGGUUUUCUACCGAACCAGAAGCGCGGCACUGCCUAUCUGUUUGCCGAAGAGGCUGCCAAUAAUUUCUUGCAGCACAACGGCCUGACUCAUAUAGUUCGGGCUCACGAAGUACCGGCCAAAGGGUUUACAUUUCAUUUUGGCCAAAAGUGUACGACAAUAUUCUCCAGUUCCCACUAUUGCGGCAAUAAUAACGAAGCCGCUGUCAUUCACGUGGACAACGAAAAACUACGUAUUGUACGCUUGGAUACCGUCAACAAUGCACCGGCCAGUGAAUGAAUGAUAGCCACCCAAACCCCCCAACAACAACAACCCCCGCGCGUGUGUAUGUAUGGACU